GGAACUCAGGUUUUAUGUAGCCAAGAACUACACAUUGUUUGUGUUUGAUAAUUUUGUUGCUAUGUUGCUUUUGUCAACAAUACUGCCUUUUGUAUUCUUUGUUUUGGCAGGUUCAAAGGAUGUUGUUGGCUCCUCGCGGUCCUCACUCACUUUAAGUAAUUGGUUUUAUCGAUCGAUUUUAUUUUAACAUGUCAGGUAAGUUUUUUUUCUCUUCCUAAGGGGGAUAGUGUGAUGUUGCUACAUCACACGUGCGUUGUUUUUCUACUCCUCAAUAGUAUUUUCAGUUUUCGUUCGUUUAACCGCAAUAGCCUUUCCCUACAUUUAGCUUGAUCAACUAAUUUUUUCUUAUCGAUUAUCCCCACCCUAACUUUAACCGUAUAUCACUUUGCUCCUUUCCGCGUGCCUCCUUGGCGUCAGUCGAGGAAGCUACCGUGAGAGAGAAGCAUUGCUCUCAUUUUUUAAUAACUUCAAGGCGACGGCCUUCCUGCUCAGCGAUUGUCCCCCUUUUUUUUACAAGAAACAAGUAUGGAGACUCAUUUUGUUAAAAAAAAUCUAAUCGAUUAAUUUCAAGACUCGACCACAUUCCAUUAAUAUAAAGUAAACAAGUCCUGGCACGUGUUCCUGUCGCCAAUGAUUUGGUGUGAUUUCUGCAGCCAUGUUGUGCAUGCGGCACAACUCAGAUGAUUUUUUAUUUUUUAAGAACUGGAAUCCAUCUUCCUUCGAAAUGAAUGUUAUCAAUUUUGUCUAAGAUGUGAGUUUUUCCCCACGAGAUCCCGUAUGUGUUAACACCACCUGUCCGGAGCCACCUGCAUCCAAGAACCCGUGAUAAGAAGAAAAAAAUAAAGUUUCUUAAAAUUUCCUAAAAGGAGUCUCUUCAAUCCUCUCUCUUCAAUUCAUAUCCUGUGUGCACCAUUAGACCACACGAUCCUGGAGAUCCUUCUGGAACGAAGGAUCAGAGCAUUAAAGUUUUUAUGAUAAUCCAUCAACGUCAGAAUGGUCAGUUUUCAAGGUUUGAAAGAUUUUUUCUUCAAUGAAGAUCCAGAUAACCUUGAAAAGAUUGGGAGCUUCUACACUAUAAUAUCCAUAGUGUGUGGCUAUGUGGUAUUCGUGACAUACGUGGGUCCCCGACUCAUGAGAGGCCGGAAGCCAUUCAAACUGAACAAGAUAUUGAUCACAUACAAUGCAUGCAUCGUUCUAAUAAAUGCUUUCAUCACAUACAAAAUUGGAACACACACUUACCCUCGCCUCUACAUGAUGUGCUGGUCUAGAGAUUCUUAUGAUAUUGAUUAUCACAUAAAGUACAUAUUCAAGUAUGCUUGGUGGUUCUAUCUUAGCAAAUACGCUGAUCUUCUUGAUACAUUGUUUUUCGUUUUGAGGAAAAAAUGGCGACAGAUUUCAUUCCUACAUGUUUUUCAUCAUGGUACUAUCGUCUUUGUAUGUUGGUUGGGAAUUUAUUUAAAGCAUCGUGGAUUGUAUUUAGCAUUUGGAAUGCCAAUCAAUGCAUUUAUUCACGUUUGUACUUAUUCUUACUACACGCUGGCAGCAUUUGGACCUCGUAUGCAAAAGUUCCUUUGGUGGAAGAAAUACUUGACAUUCCUUCAAGUUGGUCAGUUCAUCGUGGGACUUAUUUUCAUAUUUUCGACUAUUGCUCUUGGAUGUGAAGAAUUGGAACCCAUUUUUAUUAUUGUCAUACCAUUCGGAAUAACUCUUUUACUUUUAUUUGUUAACUUUUACAACAAAAACUAUGUUAAAUCAGACUAAAAACAAUUCAUUACUUGGGAUGUAAUAUUUCAUUCUUUUAUUUGAAAUUAAUUCAUAUAGGACAUAUUAAUAAGCAAUUAUAAAAUAAUACGUAAAACUUAUACUUAAAGGUAUACAUUUCUUUUAUGAAAAUACAACACUAUCAAGCUAUUCUACUAUCUUCUCGGAAACUCAAUUACUUUCAAUAUCCAGAUUUUACAGAGAAAAGUGAAAUGAAUGGAUUUUUAAGAAGUGGGCGAGUUCUGUAAAACGGAGUCAGUGAAGUCACUCUGAAUGGUUAAAGCAGAUGACUUAAAUUAAACGAAUUCAAUCCAUUUCAUUCUUAAAUAGAAGUUUUUACCAAUUAAUUUAAAAAUUCUAUUUCCCUAACUUACCCACGACAUUCACUUUUAAAUUAUAAAUUUUAAACUCAACGAAUGUUAAUGGUAGUUUUUAACUAAUUAAACUGGUGAUAAUCAUAAUUAUUUGUAAUCUUGGAUUCAUUAUUGAAACAGAAGUUGAAUUCUAGUUGUAUGAAACUUCAUAUAUUUCUCUGUUGCUGUCAUUAUGCCAGCAAUGGUUAUAGUGGCAUAAAUUACGAUUAUUAUUAUGAUCAAUCUAAUUAAUAUCGUUGCGAUUAUUAUUAUCAUAAAUUAUGAUUAGUUAAAGGUAUGAUUGUUUACUUUUGUUAUUGUUUACUUUUUGGACUUUUACACGAAUCAAAAACGAUACUUAGAAGGAAUGCUAAUGAUAUCAUAUUUCUGUUUUAAUAUUUUAGUUAUGAAUUAUUUGCAUGAAAUGUUUUUGAGAAUUUUGUAAUAAAUGUUUAGUGCCGUAAAAGAGAGUUGAAUGACUCCUUCUUCAAAUUGAAUGCGAAAAAAUAAUUGUUAAAUAAAACCUUAUUUAUAUGCUCUGUUAUAUUAUUUUCUUAAUAAAAUAUAAUGUAUUAUUGUUACUUUUUAAUAUGUUGUAUUACUGUUAAUAUAAUGUAUUAUUGUCUGCUUUCUGGAAUCUUACAUGAAUCAUCAACCAUAUUUAAAAGAAACGCUAAUGAUAUCAUAUUUCUGUUUUAAUAUUUUAGAUAUGAAUUAUUUGCAUGUAAUAUUUUUGAGAAUUAUGUAACAAAUUUUUAGUGCCGUAAAAGAGAGUUGAAUGACUCCAUCUUGAAAUUAAAUGCGUAAAAAUAAUAAUUGUUAAAUAAAACCUGAUUUAUAUGCUCUGUAAUAUUAUUUUCUUAAUAAAAUAUAAUGUAUUUUGAUAAUGUAUAAUUGUUACUUUUUAAAUGUAUUAUUUUUACUUUUAAAAUGUAUUAUUGUUACUUUUUAAAUGUUUUAUUGUUUGCUUUUUGGACUUUAACGUGAAUCAUCAACGAAGCUUAAAAGGAAUGUUAAUGAUAUCAUAUUUUUGUUUUAAUAUUUUAGUUACGAAUUAUUUGCAUGUAAUGUUUUUGAGUAUUUUGCAACAAAAUUUUAGUGCCGUAAACGAGAGUUAAAUGACUCCUUCUUGAAAUCGAAUGCGUAAAAAUAGUUGUUAAAUAAAACCUUUUAAUUUAUA